CCGGAGGUCAAAAGCCUUGGUCAGUAGCACUGUGGCCUGUGCGGUGAGCCCGGGGGCUCCAGGUCGGCCUUGGUUGUUCCGCUCGCCAGCUCGCUGCCCACAUGGCCCUGAGAGGCGUCUAUAGGCGGCUACUGAGCCGCGGACCCAGCCUGCGAGUCCUUCGUUCAUGGAGCUCGGCGGCGACGCAGACCGAAAAAGGCGGGAAGACCCAGAGCCGAUCAGCCAAGUCCUCGCGGCCCGAGUUUGACUGGAGGGACCCACUGUUGCUGGAGGAGCAGCUGACAGCAGAUGAGGUCCUCAUCAGGGACACCUUCCGCACCUACUGCCAGGAGCGCCUCAUGCCCCGCAUCCUGCUGGCCAAUCGCAACGAAGUUUUUCACCGGGAGAUCAUCUCAGAGAUGGGGGAGCUGGGUGUGCUGGGCCCCACCAUCAAAGGGUAUGGCUGUGCUGGAGUCUCAUCUGUGGCCUAUGGGCUCCUGGCCCGAGAGCUGGAGCGAGUGGACAGCGGCUACAGGUCAGCAAUGAGUGUCCAGUCCUCCCUUGUCAUGCACCCUAUCUAUGCUUACGGCAGCGAGGAGCAGCAACAGAAGUACCUGCCGCGGCUGGCCAAGGGGGAGCUCCUGGGCUGCUUUGGGCUCACAGAGCCUAACCAUGGGAGUGACCCCGGCAGCAUGGAGACCAGAGCCCACCAGAACCCGUCCGGCAGGAGCUACACCCUCAAUGGGGCCAAGACCUGGAUUACCAACUCACCUGUGGCCGACCUGUUUGUAGUGUGGGCUCGGUGCGAAGAUAGUUGCAUUCGGGGCUUCCUGUUGGAGAAGGGGAUGCGGGGCCUCUCGGCCCCCAAGAUUGAGGGAAAGUUCUCUCUGCGGGCCUCGGCCACGGGUAUGAUUAUCAUGGAUGAUGUGGAAGUGCCAGAGGAGAAUGUGCUGCCCAAGGCGUCUGGUCUGGCGGGUCCCUUCGGCUGCCUAAACAAUGCCCGCUAUGGCAUCACCUGGGGUGUGCUUGGAGCUGCUGAGUUCUGUUUGCACACGGCCCGGCAGUACACCCUGGACAGGAUCCAGUUUGGUGUCCCACUGGCCAAGAACCAACUGAUUCAGAAGAAGCUGGCGGACAUGCUCACCGAGAUCACGCUGGGCCUUCAUGCCUGCCUGCAGCUCGGCCGCUUGAAGGAUCAAGACAAGGCCACCCCGGAAAUGAUCUCCCUGCUGAAGAGGAAUAACUGUGGGAAGGCCCUGGACAUUGCCCGCCAGGCCCGAGACAUGCUGGGAGGGAAUGGGAUUUCUGAUGAGUAUCACGUGAUCCGGCAUGCCAUGAACCUGGAGGCCGUGAACACCUAUGAAGGCACUCAUGACAUCCAUGCUCUGAUCCUCGGAAGGGCAAUCACAGGGAUCCAGGCGUUCACAGCCAGCAAGUGAACCCACUUCACCUGGGAGCCCGGAUGGUACCAAACCCCUUCCCAGGGAGAUACUGCGCUCUGAGCUUAGUCAGGGAGGUGGCAGAUGGAGCCAUUUCUUCUGGUGGGAAGUGAGAGACGCUGAUUUUUAAAUAUCAAAAUUUCCCUUUUGAAGUCAUUCAAAUGUGUUCCUUAAAAAGAAGAUGGGACUGUCUGUACUGAGUUUCUCAAUCCAGUUUUAACUGUGGAUGGGAACAGACUCCACUCACCUUGGAACAGAAGCUCCCUUUGACAGGGGAGCAGGGAGAGGGAAGGAGAGUGACACGGAAGCAACUUGUGAGACCCACCUGGUGUCUGACGACGCAAACUACCCCCUCCACACAGCAAGAGUUUACUCUGCGCCCUCUGACCCUCCCAUCUUAGGGUAAGUGCCUUAUGCUGGACGUUGGAGCAGAGUGAGGGGGAAAGAGAAUAAUAAAGAGCCAGCAUGUCUGAGCCCACAGUGUCGGACCACAGUUACUUGUGACCACCCGAGAAGUUAUUUCAGUCACAGGAGAAAGGAACAUGUGUCGGGGCUGUGAAGCGCGCUGGGACCUGGUGGGGAUUUCCCCCGCCCCAGAGUGAUCCAUGCCUGAGUCUUGGGCUCGGCUGUAAUAAAUAAACCUGGUUAGGCACUGCCAGGGCUCAGGGCUGAGGGCAGAGGGGAUUUUGUCCUUUCUGUCACCACAGAGCUGACGCACAGUGUGGGAAAUAACGGUCCAGCUUCUCAGUUCGGACUCACCACAUUACAGGAGAGCGCAGGGCCACAAGUGGGAUGGCAAGAGCCCCAGGGCUUUUGCAGAAAUAGUGGCCCCUGUGGGGUUUAGGGCCCGGUGGUGCUAAUGUCCUUGUUCUCUGUUGACAAAUCUGACUUUACUUUCAUCUUAGCUGCUACAACUCUCGUUCCUCCGGCGGCACCCAUGUGCAUUCGUGAGUUCAGUCAUACCUCAGGCUGGCCGCACAGGUCUUUGUACAUGGUCUCCACGGUGUGGCAUACUUCUUUGAGCUCUGUUUCCAGGUGACUGAUCUUUGCCAUUUUUUGGGUGAACUCUUGGAGCUUUUCCUGAAUGAUCUUGUUGUGGUGAUUAUAAAUCUGAUACAUCCUCUCCUCUAGCUUCUCUGUCAGGUCUGAAACCUUUGAAAGAAUAAGAUAUGUUCUUGGAAAGUCAAACAAGAAGCAUCACAAGACAUUUGUUCUAGCUGGCUCUUUAAGAUUUCUGCAAUUUAUCUUAUAAAAGUGGUAAAAACAACUCCUGUGACUGGAGGUGAAAUUGCCUAUAU